AUGGACACACACAGCGAACGUGUCGCCCGUACAUGUUGGUCGAGCUCCCAAAAUUUGGCUUUGGAUUUCCGUUCACAAUCUCUCAGACGGAUUGAACAGCAGCCCACAGUUUGGACAACACACGCUCAAUUGAAUAACCCAUAUCAGCAACUUGAUAAAGAGUAUACUCCAACUCUGGUACCACCUGAUGGACUGUUUGAACCACCGUUUCCGAAUGAUCGCUUUGGAGCGUCGUUUCCGAUUUUCGAAGACGUUCUUACCAAUCCGACGGCUCUCCCUGUGGCAGUUGAGGUGACUCCAACCAUCGUUGGUCAUCAGACCUCUUCACCUCCCACUUCAACACAAGCAACAAUGACGACAACCCCUUGGAUGAUGACGGCCCCUGCAAGCAAACCGAAACCGUCUAUGAGCAAGUUGUCAUCGCGUCCUGUCAGAAACGAAACAAGUCCCGGUACAGCUGCACAUGUGUCCGUGCCCAGCCAUCGACUACUCAACGAUAUCCUUGUGAUUCCAUCCAGUCGGCGACUGUACAUUCUUGCCAUCAUCCCCAUCCAUGAGUCCGCAGAUAAUCAAGGAUUCGAAUGUGGUCGCGUGGAUUUGAACGGUUUCCUGAGAUUGGGCGCUUUCCUUAAUGCACUGAAUAAAGUGAAUUCAGAGCGAGUUUUGAAGGACACCGGCUUGUCUUUAGGUGCUGUUAUCAUUGACAGUUGCUCAUCAGAUCUCAGAACGGUCGCUAAUCUGUUCGAAUUGCUGUCCGGUACAAACAUCCAAAAAUCAGAUGUGGUAGCAAUAAUACGUGACGAUGAUGCCUAUUUACCGAAUGUCGAUCAACUUGUCAAGCAUUUAAACCUUCCCAUUGUGAACACUUUCUUUUCUGCCUCUGUCCAGCCCCUGACAACUGGAACGUUGCCGUCGAUCAGUUCAGUUUUUGAAGCAAUGAUGGGCGUUUUGCAGCACACGAACAGCACUUGUGCCAGUGUACUUCAUGAUGAGCUUUACGAUUAG